CUCUGCGCGCGGGAUGGCGGUGACAGUGACGCUGGAGCCGGCGGGCCGCUGCCGCUGGGACGAGCCGGUGCGCAUCGUCGUGCGCGGCCUGGCCCCCGGGCAGCCGGUCACGCUGCGCGCGUCCCUGCACGACGAGAAGGGCGCGCGCUUCCGAGCCCACGCGCGCUACUGCGCCGACGCCCACGGCCAGCUGGACCUGGAGCGCGCGCCCGCGCUGGGCGGCAGCUUCGCGGGGCUCGAGCCCAUGGGGCUCAUCUGGGCUCUGGAGCCCGAGAAGCCCUUGCAGCGGCUGGUGAAGCGGGACGUGCAGACGCCCUUCGCCGUGGAGCUGGAGGUGCUCGAAGGCCACGAGCCCGAGGCCCAGCGGCUCCUGGGCCGGACGGUGCACGAGCGCGACUUCCUGCCGCCGGGGGUGCGGCGCGAGCCGGUGCGCGCGGGCCGGGUGCGCGCCACGCUCUUCCUGCCGCCAGAAGCUGGGCCCUUUCCUGGGAUUGUGGACAUUUCUGGAGCUGGAGGUGGCCUUCCAGAAUAUCGAGCUAGUCUGCUGGCUGGGAAAGGUUUUGCUGUGAUGUCUCUGGCCUAUUAUAACUAUGAAGACCUCCCCAAGGGCAUAGAGAACCUCCACCUGGAGUACUUUGAAGAAGCUGUGAACUACCUGCUUCAUCACCCUCAGGUAAAGGGUCCAGGAGUCGGGCUGCUUGGGUUUUCCAAAGGCGGCGACCUCUGCCUCUCCAUGGCGUCGUUCCUGAAGGGCAUCACCGCGGCCGUCAUAAUCAAUGGCUCUGUGGCCAAUAGCGGCGGAAACUUACACUACAAGAGUGAGACACUGCCGCCUGUGGGUUUUGACCGAGGUCGAGUCAAGGUGACCAAAGAUGGCUUAGCAGACAUUUCGGAUGCCCUGAACAGCCCUUUGGAAGGCCCUGACCAGAAGAGCUUCAUUCCCGUGGAAAGGGCUGAGUGUGCCUUCCUCUUCCUUGUGGGUCAGGAUGACCACAACUGGAAGAGUGAAUUCUAUGCGAAUGAGGCCUCGAAACGCUUGCAGGCCCAUGGUAAGCCGAAGCCCCAGAUCAUCUGUUACCCCGGGGCGGGGCACUACCUUGAGCCUCCUUACUUCCCCUUGUGCCGGGCCUCCAUGCACGCCUUGGUGGGCCGCCCUGUCAUCUGGGGAGGGGAGCCCAGGGCUCAUGCCAGGGCCCAGGUGGAUGCUUGGCAGCGGCUCCAGACUUUCUUCCACAAACACAUGGGUGGGAAGAAAGGGUCGAUCCCAUCCGUGCUGUAGUCUUUCAUCUGACUGUGUGGCAUCUCUGAUGCUACUCUGUCCUGGGAACAGCUGCCACAAGUAGUGUAUAUGUGUCACUGUUUUCUUUUCAAUAAUUACUUAGGGGCUUCCUAGGUGGCGCAGUGGUUGAGAAUCCGCCUGCCAAUGCAGAGGACACUGGUUCGAUCCCUGCUUCAGGAAGAUCCCACAUGCCACGGAGCAACUAAGCCCAUGUGCCAAAAAAAAAAAAAAAAAAAAAAAAUUACUUAGAGUUUUUCCCCUUCAGUAUUAAAGUGAACUUACCAGGAACUUUUCAAGAUUUUUAGAAAUUACAUACUUUUUCAGUUGUUUGGGAGGAGAGUUAUUCUACAGAAAACACAACACGUGGAGAAAGCAUGCCCUUUAGUAUCUAACAACACAUAACCAACAAGGCUUUAGCUCUGAAAUGAAGAGUCGUACCUGGUAAACAAUUCCUGCUAGGUAAUUGUUUCAAUUGUUUAUUAUUGAACUUGCAAUUAUAUACUAAUUUAUUAAUAAAUAAAUGGUUACCUACUGUAUAUGAAAAUCUUAUGAAAUAUUAAAAA